CUGCUCAGGGCCAAGGCCUUGAGGGGGGUGGGGGGGGGUUUCUGUUUUCUGAGCCCCGUCUCAUUUGCAUAUACGUGAUUGAUUAAAUCGUUGGCCACUGGUGAUUGAGCUCAAUGUCUAACCAAGAACCAGGAACAACCAAAUACUCUUUCACACUCCCUAUCCCAGCCCUCCGGGUCUGCCCAAGACCCCAAACUGCUUCCCACGUAGCCAAUUUUUCAUCUGCCCUGCCUGGGUGGCUCAGGUGGCUUAGCUUGUAGUUUUCUUUCAGUGAACUCCUCUUCACGUCUCAAAACCCUUGCCAGCAGCCCCCUCAUCUGGGGAGCCUGUCUUGCAGGGGCCCUGCCUGUGAGUUCUCACCCACAGGGGACGGGGGUGUCCCAGUCCACUUCCAACUCUCUCAGACUGGGGCCCCUUCAGGGUGAGGCCUGGACCCAGAGUCUUAAGCCCUCAUCCUCCAAGGUCAGGCCCUGUCUCUUGCAAACGUUCCCAACUAUCCACCUUUUGGGCCAGUUCCAGUGGUGGAAACUUUCCGGCCUCCAGGCGCUUGUUUUGGAAAGUUCCUGGGGGAGCUGCCCCGGCCUGCCCGCUGGGUUCCCACGCUCCCUUAUCAGCGCGCAUGAGGGGGGCGCCCUGCUGUGCAGGCCUCAUUCCUCCCCUGCCCGGGCCCUGCCCGCCUGUGCAUCCCCUCCCCUUCCCGACCAACAACCUCCCCCUCCGGUCCACCCCUGCCAAGCCCUGCUGCAGGUGGGGAAACAGGCCAAACAGGCCCCAUCCUUGUGAGCCCCGUGGGGACAGAGUAACUUUGUCCCCCCUGAGAUGGAUGGGAGCGGACAUGGGGAGCCAGGGGAUGGGACUGCCUGGUAGGGAGUAGGUGGCAGCGUGGCUCCAAGGAGAUGCUGGCUUUAGAGUUCUGGUCCUCUGCCUGUUUCCCCUGCAGUGUCUCUGACCCAGAACUCCUACCCCACCAGAGAUCCAGCUUCCCUGCCCAGCUCCACUCCCUGGCUUAUGGCUGGGCUCAUGCCUCAUUGUCCUCUUGUAAAGGGGGAAUAGGCAGCCAUGCGCCCCUGGGGGCUGCGGAGCGAGCGAGGUGAACCUAGACGCGCCGCGCUCGUGGACGCCUGGCCACUUCCGCCAGACGGGGACCCGAUGGCCACGAUGGCUCUGGGUUGUCGGGCCUCGAACCGGGUCUCCAGACAUUGGGCCCCUCCCCCCCCGCGCGGGAGAGGCGGGGAAGGGGGCGGGGCGGGGGCGGGGCCGCAGUGCUUUUCUCCGGAGGUCGCGCGCCCGAGAGCCCGCGCUGUUAGCCACCGCUGCCUGAGUCGACUGUGCGCCGCCCGCCGCGAUGGAGGCCGCCGCCCAGUUCUUCGUCGAGAGCCCGGACGUGGUCUACGGCCCCGAGGCCAUCGAGGCGCAAUACGAGUACCGGACGACGCGCGUCAGCCGCGAGGGCGGCGUCCUCAAGGUGGACCAGGGGACUGGGGAAGGGGGCGUGCUGGGGAGAGCGGGGCGGCGCGGGGAGAAGGGCAUGGGACCCGGGGUUCACUGCGCGGCCUGUCUUCAGGUGCACCCCACGUCCACGCGCUUCACCUUCCGGACCGCCCGGCAGGUGCCCCGGCUCGGGGUCAUGCUUGUCGGCUGGGGCGGGAACAACGGCUCCACACUCACUGCCGCGGUGCUGGCCAACCGGCUGCGUCUGUCCUGGCCCACGCGCAGCGGCCGCAAGGAGGCCAAUUACUACGGCUCGCUGACUCAGGCGGGCACCGUGAGCCUGGGCCUGGACGCCGAGGGCCAGGAGGUGUUCGUGCCCUUCAGCGCGCUGCUGCCCAUGGUGGCGCCCAACGACCUCGUGUUCGAUGGCUGGGACAUCUCGUCGCUGAACCUGGCCGAGGCGAUGCGGCGCGCGAAGGUGCUGGAUUGGGGGCUGCAGGAGCAACUGUGGCCGCACAUGGAGGCCCUGCGGCCCCGGCCUUCUGUUUACAUCCCCGAGUUCAUCGCGGCCAACCAGAGCGCGCGCGCGGACAACCUCAUCCCGGGCUCGCGCGCGCAGCAGCUGGAGCAGAUCCGCAGGGACAUCCGAGACUUCCGGUCUAGCGCAGGGCUGGACAAAAUCAUCGUGCUGUGGACAGCGAACACGGAGCGCUUCUGUGAGGUGAUUCCAGGCCUCAACGACACAGCCGAGAACCUACUACGCACCAUUGAGCUUGGUCUGGAGGUGUCGCCCUCCACGCUCUUCGCCGUGGCCAGCAUCCUGGAGGGCUGUGCCUUCCUCAAUGGGUCCCCGCAGAACACCCUGGUGCCCGGAGCCCUUGAGCUCGCGUGGCAGCGCCGGGUUUUUGUGGGCGGAGAUGACUUCAAGUCAGGCCAGACCAAAGUCAAGUCUGUGCUCGUGGACUUCCUCAUUGGCUCGGGCCUCAAGACCAUGUCCAUCGUGAGUUACAACCACCUGGGCAACAACGAUGGGGAGAACCUGUCGGCGCCAUUGCAGUUCCGCUCUAAGGAGGUGUCCAAAAGCAAUGUGGUGGACGACAUGGUGCAGAGCAACCCAGUGCUCUAUGCGCCCGGCGAGGAGCCUGACCACUGCGUGGUCAUCAAGUAUGUGCCGUACGUGGGCGACAGCAAGCGCGCGAUGGAUGAGUAUACCUCGGAGCUGAUGCUGGGUGGAACCAACACACUGGUGCUGCACAACACGUGCGAGGACUCGCUGCUGGCCGCACCCAUCAUGCUGGACCUCGCGCUGCUGACCGAGCUGUGCCAGCGUGUGAGUUUCUGCACUGACGCCGACCCCGAGCCGCAGACCUUCCACCCCGUGCUGUCCCUGCUCAGCUUCCUCUUCAAGGCGCCACUGGUGCCACCGGGCAGCCCGGUGGUCAAUGCGCUUUUCCGCCAGCGCAGCUGCAUCGAGAACAUCCUCAGGGCGUGCGUGGGGCUCCCGCCACAGAACCACAUGCUACUGGAGCAUAAGAUGGAGCGCCCAGGGCCCGGCCUUAAGCGAGUCGGACCCGUGGCUGCCGCCUGCCCUGUGUUGAACAAGAAAGGACCGGUAUCCGCUGCCACCAACGGCUGCACUGGUGAUGCCAAUGGGCAUCCACAAGUGGAGGAACCUCAGAUGCCCACCACCUGAGGCCCUGGUCACACAGCUUCCCAGCUCUUCCUCCCCGCUGCCCCCCAAGACCCCACCUUGCCAGGCCCCCACAAAGACAAUAAAGGCGCUGCCACUCUUAGCCCUCCUUCCACCUGG